GCAAUCUUCUCCCCCUGACCCUCUCUAUUCGGAUUCUGGUUUUGAAUGAAUCUCUUAAUCUGCAUUCCGCUCAGUUAUCUUUAGUUUUGACAACAGCCGCGAAAUUCUGAAAACAUUGCCCUUAAGAGAUUAAUCAAAUCGGUUAUAUCAGAAAUACUUCUCUGAAAGCAAAAAUGUCCGGUGUGUCUCUUGCUGUAGCACCUCAUGACGAGGUUGACAAAACCAAAAGCACAAACCAAAACCCCCAGCAAAAGCCAGUGAUUAAUCAGCGUCAGGAGCAGUCAACGACAGUGGGGAGUGUGAUGGGAUCAUUGCGUGUAAUUGAACUCCAAUUAGUUGCCUUCAUUAUGGUUUUCUCAGCCAGUGGACUCGUCCCGCUACUAGAUUUAGUCUUCCCCGCCUUUACAUCGGCUUAUCUAUUAGUGCUUUCGCGUUUGGCCUUCCCCGCUCAUGGCAACGGUUCUUCCAGCACGCAAGAGAUUUUCCAAGGAAGCAAAUUGUUCAGGUUUUAUGUCAUUGUAGGAACCACAAUUGGACUGUUUUUGCCGCUUGCAUAUGUGUUGGGUGGGUUCGCUCGAGGCGACGAGGAAGCAGUUCGCUCAGGCACACCUCACUUGUUUUUACUUUCGUUUCAAAUACUAACUGAGAAUAUAAUAGGCGGUUUAUCGUUAUUUUCAGCGCCGGUGAGGGCACUAGUUCCAUUACUUUAUACUGUCAGGAGGCUCUUUCUUAUCAUUGAUUGGAUAUCUGAUGUCUGGUUUACCAAAACUCUGCCUCAAACUGCGGAAGUUAAGGACAUGGCGUGGUUUUGGUUUGGGAGAAUUCUUGCUGUUGCUAAUCUAGUGUAUUUCUCAACUAAUCUCUUCUGCUUCCUCAUUCCACGAUUCCUUCCUCGGGCUUUUGAGAAGUACUUUCGGGAGAGAGAUGAGAUUCAAGGAAAGUAUGCCGAGGAUAAACGUUCUGCCGCUGCCAACAAAACCCAACACGCAGAUAAAAAAGCUGAUUGAUUCUGUUUCUUUUAUGGCGUCUCUAAUUUCUGCCUACAGAACCCUUGUUUUAGGAAAACGCUUUGGUUUCCCUGUAAUCUAAAAGCAGUAGAUUUCCCCUUCGUUUCUAAGGUUUCGUUAAUCAUAAAAGUUUCAGUUACAAGUAACAUGUAAGGAAAAACUAUUUACCAAAGUCUUAUUGUUGUUUGUGUUAUGCUUUCA